AUGAAGAACAAGAGAAGCACAGCAGCAGCAAACGGGAAGGAAGAGAAGGAGGAGAAGAAGAAGAAGCAACAGCAGAAUGGAAAGAAUCAAAAUGCCAUUAAAGGAGUGACGGAUCUUAUGGUAGUUGAGUCAUCUUCUUUAGAUUCCCAAGAAGAAGAAGCGAAGAGCAGCAACAAUUCCAAUCAAAACAGCAACCUAGCUCCCAAGGAGGAAGAAGAGGAAGAAGAAAAAGAAGCCGCCGAGGAAGAGAACAAUAUCAAGAGAAAGAAAAUUUUGUCGAAUGGGGUGACAGUGUCGGGUUCCUUCCCAAUCCAUCGUAUCAAACGGAUGAUAAGGAGCGAGGGAGACUUUCGCAACACUGGAGAGGCUAUUUUCCUUAUCAACAAAGCUACGGAGAAGUUCCUUGAAUCGCUUGCCGAAGAUGCCUAUGCUUCUUGUGUUCAGGAUCGCAAAAAAACUGUAAAUUACAAACACCUAUCAUCAGUUGUUAGUAAAACGAAGAGAUAUGACUUCCUUUCAGAUUUUGUGCCUGAAAAAAUAAGAGCAGAGGAUGCUUUGGAGGAGACGAGAUUAGCCGAAACAUGAAAAGGAGCCAAUUCACAAAGCAAUUAUAUUCUUGUAC